UUGGAGAGAGAGGAGCUGCGGGGGGAGAGGGGACAGGCAGCUUGUCAUGGUGCACUGGGACAUGUGAACGCAUGGGGUGCGUGGGGGCUGUGCGUGUGCUCGUGUUCACGUGCCUGCAGAGCGGCGUUGUUACCCUGUAGCCGGUGGGGGCUGAUCAGUGCAGAGGACAGGCAGACGGACGGACGGACGGACGGACGGACAGGCAGCAGGAGGGAUCCGAGCCCGGUGCACAGUGAGAGGUGAUGCCGCGAUCGCAGCAGCGAUGGGCUCCAGCUCGGGCAGCGCCCCGCAGCCGGCGAUGGGGAGAACCCAGGGGUUGCACAUCUGGGAGCCCGGAGACCUCGAGCAGCCGCCGGUUCCUUCUGCGCCCUCCCUGCAGAAUUCCGUCCAACUCCGGCCCCCGCGCCCGCUAGUGUCGGCAGAGCAGCGCUGAUCGAUGCCUCCUUCACUACGCAAAUGGCAAAUCAGCGCGUUGUGAAGGCUGCUGGUGGGGAUGGAGACGGCCGUGCUGCCCUCCCCCGGGACUCUCUCGAGUCAAUGGAGUUUAUGACUUUAACGUAUUUCCUCUCCCCUCCUGAAGAGCAUCUCCUCCGCUGUGCCGCUUUGCCGGCGAGGUUCCAGUCCCCGGUCUGGGCUCUGGGUUUGGGGACGGGAGGAAGCCCCGGGAGCCCCUCGCUGACGGAGGAGAGCAGCAGCUGGCGGAGAGGGGCAGCGGGCUGCCGAGAGCGGAGCUCCAAGUGGAAACCAGGAUUCCUUUCUCCUGCCUCUUAAGGCAGCGACGUCUCCAUCCCCUCCUUUGCUCCCUCCCCGUCCGACCCCGUCUGAUAUAGGGGUACUGAGAUCUCAUCCUGCGUCCGGAGCUUCCCAGCGAGACCCAUGAAUCCCUACAUCAACUGCUCCAGCCCUGAGCUCCCCCUGUCUCAGCAAGACUUCCCCAUGGAGCCCCCCAGCCCCGACCUCUGCAACAGGACUCACCCUGACGCUUUAUUCGACCCCAAAGACGCCAACCUGACGGAGGAGCAGCUGCGACAUAAAUACUUAGGGCCUCGGAGAUCCAACUUCUUCAUCCCUGUCUGCGUGAUCUACCUGCUGAUCUUUGCUGUGGGGGCAGUGGGCAACACACUCACCUGCAUCGUCAUCCUCCGGCACCGCUUCAUGAGGACACCCACAAAUUACUACCUCUUCAGUCUGGCUGUGUCUGACCUGCUGGUGCUGCUGCUGGGGAUGCCGCUGGAGCUGUACGACAUGUGGAGCAAUUAUCCCUUCCUGCUGGGGGCUGGGGGUUGUUACUUCAAGACGUUGCUCUUUGAGGCCGUCUGCUUUGCCUCCAUCCUCAACGUAACAGCCCUGAGCGUGGAGCGCUACAUUGCCGUGGUGCACCCACUCAAAGCUAAGUAUGUGGUGACCAGAAACCACGCCAAGAGGGUCAUCAUCACCAUCUGGGUGGUGUCAGUCAUCUGCUCCAUCCCCAACACGAGCAUCCAUGGGCUGCAACCUCUCUAUGUGCCUGGCCGGGGCCGCGUGCCUGAUUCGGAGAUCUGCACCCUGGUGAAGCCACGCUUGACCUACAAUCUCAUCAUCCAGAUCACCACCAUCGUCUUCUUCUUCCUGCCCAUGGGGACUAUCAGCAUCCUCUACCUGCUCAUUGGCCUGCAGCUCAAGAAAGAAAAGAUGCUGGAGGCCCUGGGGGCCAAGUCCAGUGGCGACACCAACUACCACAGAGUCCGGGGACAGAAGGUGAAGAGGAGGCAGGUCACAAAGAUGCUGUUCGUGCUGGUGGUGGUGUUUGGGAUCUGCUGGGCCCCCUUCCACACCGAUCGUCUCGUCUGGAGCUUCAUCUCCACCUGGACUGGCCCCAUGCUUCACAUGUUCCAGUACGUCCACAUCAUUUCAGGCAUCUUCUUCUACCUGAGCUCGGCCGCCAACCCCAUCCUCUACAACCUGAUGUCCACCCGCUUCCGUGAGAUGUUCAAGGAGGUGAUGUGCCACCCCGGCCAGCACCCACCAGGCUCAUGCAAGCACUCACCCAGCGUCACCCACGCCACCACCCGCAGCACUGAGUGUGAGCCCAUGCCCAGUGCCAAUGGGCUGCCCCUCUCUGACGCUGAGGAAUACGAGAUGGAGGAGAUGGAGGAGAUAGAGGAGACGGAGGGUGGCCAGGUUGUCACACAUGCCACAUCCCUCUGCUGAAUAGCAAGAGGACAUGGAGGAACCAGAACAGCUUCCCCACCAUCAGCAUCAGCAUCAGCAUCACCACCACCACAGCAUCCAUCUGCAGGAUGGAGGGGGGUGAUGGGGCCAUGCAUCACCAUGCUGUUCCACCAAGAGCAGGGCUGGUUCUCCAGGUGUGCUGCCAGGCUGCUCGUCUUGGCUGCUCCAGGGACGUGGCGACCAUCCUUGCCUCACUAUGCCCAGGUUGCAUUUCAUCCUCUGCGCUCAGCAGAAAAAGCCAGGACAUCUUGUUGUCACAGGGGCCCCCUCAUCCCCACCCUGCAAGAGCUGUUCCUCACCCAAGAAUCACAAAUCAGAGCCAUUCUUCUUCAAUUUGUGCCCUAGUCACAUUCCCUGGGUCUCAGACCUGUCCCCAGUACCCCGCUAUCCUCCCACGUGCUGACAACAGUAAUGGGCACCGUCCCUUCACCCCCACCUGCAUAUCCCCACAUCUUUGUGCAAUAAAUUUGCCGGGGAAGGUGACGAUGGCAGCUCCUGCCCCUAAAGGCACCCCAAAACGUGCCACCAUGCCUUGAUGGCUCUCCAGGGUCUUUGCUCACUUGAGGCAGGGAAAGUGUGAGCGGGACGCACGAUGCAUGGGGCUGCCCCCGGAAUGGAGAUAAUCAAUCUGUCCCCAGACACGCUGCUGGGAAAAUGUCACAAAAUGCCACAGCAGGUGUGCAGGCAGGCUGGCUCCCCCAGGCUGGAGGGGCUGAUCGAUUUGCUGUCUGGGAUCGAUGCUGCUGCCAUCCUGGUGCGCACAGGAUCCUCCCAUGGGAUAGAAUAUCAGCACUCCAAAAUGCCUCCCCAUGGCUACCGGAGCAGGCUGAGCAGCUUCUUACACAACUUUCCCAGACCCAGUUUUCCCCCAGCCAGGACGUGUGCUCACAAACUCCCUCCUGUGCCCCACUGACUCAGCCCCAGCUCACAGCCCAUCCAAUUGGCAAAGCAUUUCCCCUUUGGGGUCCUGUUGUGCAGAUGAAUGUGGGGCUGCAUUAACCUCUGCCCUUCAGGAUCCUCUCAGCUGCUCUCCAGAUCACGUCAACAUGGCAAAGUGCAUCGAUCUCCAUUUUCUCCCCUCUCCAUCUCCUAUCGCUCCCGGUCCCAGGCAGCCACAGGUGGAGGUGACGGAUGCCUCCUUGAUGGCUGUUAUUGCCCCAUUAUGCCUCACAAGGACACUUCACCAGAUGGAAACUUCUGGGGAAUGGCUUUUUAAUUGGCAGUCGAUAGCAUUCUAUUGCGCAGCGACAGCAAGCGGAGUUUCAGGUCCGUCAUGCCCCAGCUUGGGGCAGUGGGGAAGUCAGGGGCCUAAACACCUUGGUGAAGGGACAGCAGAAGGUGACCCCCUUGGAUUAUGUCCUCAGCUGUCCCCUGGCACAGCCAUGCUCCAUGUGUCUCCACCACCUCUUCUUGGCUGCUCAGUUUGCUCUUUGAGAUGCAGGAGGGGAAGCUGGUGGUGAUGCUCCAGCAGUGUGUGUCAGGUGGUGACGCUGGGGCUGUUCAGAGGUUUGUUUUUGAUUAUCCCAAAGAGAAUCUGAGGGCAAACCUAACUCCUCCAGCCAUUGUUUUGGGACAGCACAUGGGAUCAACCCUGUGGCUCCAUGUCACCAUUCCUGCUGCAGGCUUGGCCAAGUGCUUGUAUGUGUUGCACAGAUAUGUGGCUGGUGGUAAGGUGCUUCUGCAGGAUGAAUCAGAGGGAUUACCCCUGCUGGGAGCUAUGCACAGAGGUGAUGGUUGGGACAAGCCAUGAAUGAGUGAUGGGGUCAGGGUUUGGGGCUGCGCAGGCACCCCCACAUCUCCCACCCAUGCCAUCAGCCGUGGAUCAGAUGUCCCCUGGGGCAGGAUGGCCACAGUGCUAGAAGGUCCCCAAAACAACGCCUGCAAUGGGUUUGCUCUGAGCUGGGGGACAUAUCUCUCUGUCUCCACAGUUCGGAGCACGUGCCUGGCUCAAGCUCUGCACCACCACCUUCUCUCCAAAUGGUUCAUUUCCCAAGAGCCGCUUCUCAAAAGUUGUCAUCUGUUCUCUGAGAUUUACAGCAGUGCCUUCCCAGCAGCUGAUCCCAUUGGAACCCACUGUGGCCAAACCCCACGUGCUCAAACCACGGCACAGCAAAUCCCCCUGGCCGUGCAGCACCCCUCGAUGGUGCCUCCAAUUCAAAGAUUUAUCACCUUCGCUUGGGGAUUAAAAAGAAAUCCAUCUGUGAGGCUGCCCCAGCCUUGUAAGGCUUUUUGUGCCGGGGUUGUUUGCAACGGCCAUGGCUUUUUUUCUUUCCUUGACAGAGCCAAAACUCAGUUUUACUGCAGUUUUCCCAGACGGUUGGAGCUGUGAUGGAUGGCACUGGGAAUGCCAGCAGAUUCUUCACCACCCCUCCCCAAAAGCAGAAGGAGGGGCUGGUUUUUGCUUGCUUCAAAUGGCUGUGGGUGGGGGAAAGCUCACGUGGACUGUGUUUGCAAAGCCCUUGUGGCUGGAUCUGGGACUAGGACUGUGCAAAUGGAGAUGGAGCAUCAGUGUCAGAGAUGUGCUCGGAUCCCAUUCCUCCCAGUAGGGCCGUGGGAAGCACAGAGGGACGUCAGAUACCUUCCCAGCCCUGCAUGUGUGCAGGGACAACUGGCCACCAGUAGGCAUCACCUGCACCUGUUCCUGCUGCAACAUGGUAAGGAAGAUGGAACUGGUGUCCCAGCAGCACCUGCUUUGGUUUACGAGGAUAGUUUGGUUAAGAAAGGAAAGUAAUGCACAAUUAGCAUGGAUGAGAGGUGGCAUGGUGGCAUGUGGGGCAGCCACCUGGGGCCAAGGGGAGUGUUGUCUCCAAGGUGGGGUGGUGAUGGUCACCUGGGUGGGGACAAGAGACAUGGGUGCUUUGGUCCUCAGUGUGUUUCCUGCCUUCCCCUUGGCCAGUGAAUGGCAAAGUAGCUCUGUGACAGGCAUGUUGUACCCUGUAAGGCCACAUGGUCUUCCUCAUGGACCCCUCCAAGAAAAGUCCACCACAGUCACUGACGUUGUUCACGGAGCUCAGGAAGGCCCAGGCAGGAUGGAGCACCUUGCAUUGUGAAAAGGAAGGCUGUGAUGUCCAGACUAGAAAAAGAUAAAACUCAUCUAAUUUUCUAUAUAAUUAGGACAGCCAAGGCACCGAAGCCAAGCAGGAACCCAAGUGCUGGCCCUGCUGUCAGGCAGUUAUAGCAGCUUUAAUUACAGGCCUUAAUUUCUCCUUGUGUUCAUUGCGGCAGCCAGGGAAAUUUCAUCUCCUCCUGUUGGGACAAUUGAACGUGACACAUUGGAGAAAGCUGUCAGAGAGGCAGAGCAGAAUUCUCUCAUUAUCUUUCCUUUGCUGCCUGUCAGUUGCCAGCACAGCCAGAAAAAGCAAAGGGAGAAAUGCAAACCCCAAAUGCAAACCCCUUCUCCUGCUCCCCCACUGGCUCAGCUCUGUCCCCAUGCUCAAUGACCCCACCAGCACUUGGCCACUCUUCAUUUCUCUUGCAAUUUCCCUUCUAGUGCUUAGGUUUCCACUGGUUCUUCCUUAUGUGAGUGCUUUUGGGAUGCCCUGCUCCCACGUGCCAUCUUCCUGCAGCUCGUUCGUUCCUUCAAUACAUCCUUCAGAGGGUUAUGGCUGAGGCACAAAGCUGCACUAACACCACACCACCCACAGCUUGGAGCUCCUGUAACCUCACUGCAGUAUGCUUUUUCGCCACUUUUCUGAAGAUGAAGCUCAUUUCAUUCUCAGAAAGGAUUUUCUAGAGGAAACGGUAUCCUGAGCUCUCCAUCCCAGGACGCAGACCACAAAAUGUAACUUCCCAAAGCUGAACAUAGCAAUAAAAUCUGCUAGGAUGUCACUUCUUCCACUCAGGAUAACUGCUUUUCCAAGGCACGGCGCACCCAGGGAGCCCAUUCUCCUGGGUGAGGCAGAAAGUGACAACUGGAUAUAAAUUAUAUUAGCAGGCCUUUUAUUGGACAGAUGCUACACAAUAAGACUAUGGCAAGGGACAGAGAAAGUAAUGAAAGCAAACAGUGCAGCACCGUGGGGAGACAAAUCAAAUAAGGGUCUGACAGCAUGGUCUGCACUUGUUUGCUCUGAGGGAAUGGCUCUCAGCUCAGUGGGACACAACACAGCUGUGCUCAACACCAGGUUUGGGGGCUGACACUACCUCCAGCAGGAAAAUCGUUGUCUCUGCAUAUCUGGUCCCAGAGGGCACCUUGGUCCCAAAUCUGUGUCCUAGGCUGGUUCUCUUUGCUCCAGUCAUGGGUUUUGGGGGUUCAUUCAUGAGAUGACUAUGGGGGCAUCCCCUGGGGAACAACAGCCAAUGCAGGGCUUACAGGGCCAGGUGUCACCAGACCAUUUCCAGGCACUGUACUGCUUUCUGCCACACUGGUUCCUAGCUGUGCACUUUCUCUAGGGGUGGCCCUUUGCUUUGUCGGGGUCCCUCCUCCUCCACCUAAACUGUGCUUUUGCCACAAACAGAGCUGCUAAACCUGUUUUGGCCACAUUACUCCACGCUGAUGCUGCAGAUGGCUGCAGCCCUGCCUUGGCCCUGAGGCUCCCUCUGAGCUGUGCUGCAGAGCUAACAUGGAGCUUUGGUGCACCCUGGGCACUCAGGGAUGGCUCCUGCAGCACGUAGAAGUUGGGAGUCUGAGUGAUCAUAUUCCACACGUGCGUGUGACAGACACAGUGAUGCCGGCAGUGUCCCUCUGUCCUAGCUCCAUUCCUCCCUAUGGUGUCAAUCUGUCUGCAGGCUGGCAAGAGGUUCCCGGGUCCCCCUGAGCAUCCAGGGGUGCCUCCUCACACCACGCAUGAUUUCAUUCAUUCAGUAUCCACCUCCUUUCUUGAGGUUUUCUCCCUCAGGUGAGGAGCUUUUCUCCAGCAGCCUUGGAAGUGCAGAAGGAAUACGGGGGUGAGCCUGGAGCCCCGGGGACAGGGCUGGACUCCAGUAAUACCACACCGGGGGGGCAGCGCCAGGGGCUGCCCGGGACUAUUUACACCCAAUAUUGCAUGCACGGAAAUAAAACCCCACAGGAAUAUUAUCUCCCAAUGAACAAAUUCAGUGUCAUCCAUCGUGCGGACGCAGUUUAUUUUUCUCCAAGGAUAGGAGCACAGCUGGGGUCCUUCCAAGUCAAACAUCAUACCGGCAGCUGCUCACUCUCCUGCUGCAGGACUCACACUAGUGCUGCCGCAGCGCCGCAGAAGAGGAGUCGGUGCCGGAGCGGGGGGUUAAUACAGGGGCUGAGGGGCACGGGCAGAGCAACAGAUCCCGACCCCAUAACUUAGGAACCCCUGACCCCGACCCCAUAACUUAGGACCUCCCGAAAAAAACAGCAACCCCGGCUGCCCCCCCUUCUGGUACCCGA